AUGUGGCGGAUGUACAACCAAGAAAGAGAUGAGGAUUUAAAAGUUAAGCAAAGUUUUUUUAGAAAAAUUGUAAAUAAUUCGUACAACUUUGGUUUUGGGUCUCCCAGAACAGAUGUAUGUUCCACGUGCAUUUCAUUACAAGAACGCCUGAAAAAUGAAAAAAGUCCUAUAAAGAGAAAUGAAUUAAUGAUAGAAAAGAGGAUCCACAGGUUAAAAUACAAAGCUUUCUAUAACAUUAUAAAAGAAGAAAAUAAAGAUAUUUUAACAAUUACAUUUGAUUGCCAAAAAAACCAACCGCUUCCGAAACUGCCCGAUCAGUCGGCUUAUUUUAGCAGGCAAUUUAAUUUCUACCAUUUUGCCAUAGUACAAGGAAAUUCAAAAACAAAACUGACAAAGGAAAAUGUGCAUUCCUAUUAUUGGACUGAGUUGAAUCAUGCUAAGGGCAGCAACCAAAUUAUUAGUGCAGUUUACCACUUCUUGCAAGGAACCGUUAUAGAAUCGCACGUGAAGGUACUAAGAGUAGUUUGUGAUGGAUGUUCCGGCCAAAAUAAAAAUACGGGAAUGGUUAGCAUGCUAGGUAAAUGGUUGUAUAGUGAAGCGCCUCGGAAUGUGAAAAAAAUUGAGAUUAUUUUUCCAGUGGUAGGACACUCCUUCAUUCCUCCCGAUCGUGUUUUCGCUAAAAUUGAGAGGACAUUAAAAACCAAAGAAGUGGUUGUUACUCCUUCGGAAUACACCGAAGUUUUGCAAGAAAAUGGAACGUGCAUCAAUCUGGCAACGAUACCAGUUUAUGAUUGGAAGGCAGCUUAUGAUCCCGUGAUAAAACCUACAUCAUCCUGGCACUUUCCAUUCAUGAGGAGCAAACGAUUUUUCCUUACUCGUACUAAAACAGAAAAUAUAUUGGUGCAAGGGGAAGAAACUUACCGCAAUGAAAUUAAUAAAAAAAAAAUUAUAACAAAGAAAAACAAAAAAAUAACAAUGAUUAUACCACAAAUGUUAUCACCAAACACUAUACUACCGAACGAAGCCAAAGUGAAAGAUGUUUGUGAUUUACUUCAAAAACAUUUUGGUGGAGAAUGGAGGGAUUUGCCUCAACUAAAAUAUUAUGUUGAUAUAGAAAAUAAAACUUACAUACCAUCACAUGGCAUCGACAACAUGAACAAUGACUUAUGUGAGCAUGGUUUCCAAGACGUAACUGCACACAUUUAA